AUGGUUAAACCAAAGAAAUCAACUAGUACAUCAGCCAGCAAUGGUGUUUCAGAUCCUAAUUUAGAAAAUAAAAGAACUAAAGUUACCGUAACAAAUUCAAGUGUUGAAAAUGCUAGAGGUACAUAUUAUAGUGGUGCAUAUACAUCAAUUGGAUUUGAUAAUAGUUUUAGUUUAGAAAAAUUUAAAGAAAACUUUAAGAUUAAUAUAUUAUCAGAAAAACCAUAUGAAUUGGUAUUUGAAAUGAUGGGUGUUGAUGCACCAAUUGCAAAUGCAAUUAGACGUAUUUUAAUUUCAGAAGUACCAACUAUGGCAAUCGAAAAAGUAUACAUUAUAAAUAAUACAUCAAUUCUUCAAGACGAAGUAUUAGCACAUAGAUUAGGUUUAAUCCCAAUCAAAGUGGAUCCAAGAAAAUUCAAUUUUCAUUUACCAAAUAAAGAAUAUACAGCAGAAGAUACAUUAAUCUUUAAAUUAAAAGUUAAAUGCGAAAGAGAUGCAAAUGGUAAAAUAAUAAAUGAUACAGUAUUAUCAAAACAUUUAGAGUGGGUUCCACACGACGAUCAAAUUGCAAUGUUCCCAAAUGAAGAAGAUCACCCACGUCCAGUCGAAGAUGAUAUUCCAAUCAUGAGACUUAGACCAGGCCAAGUUAUCGAUGUUCAAUUAUAUUGUGAAAAAAAUAUUGGUAGAGAACACAUUAAAUGGUCACCAGUUUGCACAGCAUCCUAUAGAUUGUUACCUGUAAUUAGUGUUGAUGAAUCAAUUCAAGGCGAAAGUGCUGAAAAACUUGUAAAUACUUGUCCAAAAAAAGUUUUUGAUAUUGAAGAUAGUGGUAGUGUUGUAGCUGCUCGGAUCCAGAGUUUGAACCAAAAGUUAAACUUUGAACGUAUUAGAGAUCAUUUUAUUUUCUCAAUCGAAUCAACAGGCGCAUUAACAUCAAGAGAAUUAUUCCAAGAAGCUAUUAAAAUUUUAAUUGAAAAAUGUAAUAUCGUUGAAGAAAGUAUCAACAAGUUAGUAAAUUAA